AUCCGCAUCAACCUGCCUAGUGGGACAUGGAUGUCUCCUGGAAAGCAAAAAAAGUUGGCUCUUAUUACACUCCACUCCAAUUCUCCUUUUGUCUCCUUGUCAAUUUCAUGAAGGGAAAAAGAAAAAUGAAAUGGGAAAUAUAAUUCCGUUUCGGAGGCAGAACCGCAGGGGUUUCAAUAGCAGUAGCGGAGGCGGCGGCACUUCCAGCACCAGAACCAGCACCAGCACCAGCACCAGCACCGUCGGAGUAGGAGCACAACUAGGAGGAAGAAGAAGAACGACUUCUUUAAAUAGGCCAAUCAUGUCUUCUGAGGAAACGGCAAAGCAGCAGCCGUCGUCUUCAUUCCCUCCUGUCAGUCAACAAACCUCUACUACUAGUAUUACAUCUUCUACUGCAGUUAAUAAGAACAAGAACAAGAAGAAGAAGUACGACUUCAUCCCCGACAACUACUAUACCCUCGAUCAGGUUACUGCAGCCUUGAGAGAAUCAGGCCUUGAGUCGUCAAAUCUUAUUAUUGGAAUAGAUUUCACAAAAAGUAAUGAGUGGACAGGCAAAAUCUCAUUCAACAAUCGGAGCCUGCAUAAGAUUGGUGAUAUACCUAAUCCAUAUGAGAAAGCUAUCUCUAUUAUCGGAAAGACAUUGGCUCCCUUUGAUGAAGAUAACUUAAUUCCCUGUUUUGGGUUUGGUGAUUCUACUACCCAUGAUCAAGAAGUGUUUAGCUUUCACAAUGAUCAUUCACCUUGCCAUGGCUUUGAAGAAGUCUUAAGUUGCUACAAGCAGAUAGUUCCAAACUUGCGACUGUCUGGACCAACAUCUUAUGCACCGGUAGUUGAGGCUGCAGUAGACAUUGUGGAGAAAAGUGGUGGGCAAUACCAUGUUUUGGUUAUCAUAGCAGAUGGCCAGGUCACAAGAAGCGUGAACACGGGUGACGAGGAACUCAGCCCACAAGAAGAGAAAACAAUUAAUUCUAUUGUCAAUGCAAGUAACUAUCCAUUAUCAAUUGUUCUUGUUGGUGUUGGUGAUGGGCCUUGGGAAGACAUGAAGAAAUUUGAUGACAAGGUCCCUGAUCGUGAAUUUGAUAACUUUCAGUUUGUUAACUUCACUGCCAUUAUGUCUAAAGAUGCUACUCCCUCUGAGAAAGAAACUGCUUUUGCUCUUGCUGCUCUCAUGGAGAUUCCCAUUCAAUACAAAGCAGCCAUUGAGCUUGGUUUGCUAGGACGUGUGACAGGAAAAGCUAAGAAAGUAGUUCCACGCCCUCCCCCAGUUCCUUACACUCCCCGUCCUUCUCGUGAACGAAGCAAUCUUUCGACACCUGUGGUAGAUGAACAAAACCAGGUUUGCCCAAUUUGCCUGACUAAUGUGAAGGAUAUGGCUUUUGGCUGUGGGCACACGGUAUCACAGUUUCAUUAUUACAUAUCACAUAUCACAUUUUUGAACUUGUAGAGAAUGUGGGUCAAGAGUGUCCAACUGUCCCAUUUGCCGCCAGCAGAUUACCAGCCGUCUCAGGUUGUAUACCGGGUGAUUGCACCCAGAGUGGUCCAACAGAUGAGAAACGGUCAUCAAUGUGUACAUAUGUCAAGAACAACAUUUUACAAACAAACAUAUAAACACACCAAGGAACUUUGGUACAGUUUUACAAAUAAAUAUACCAACACACUCAAUGGGUUUCAAGUGUUGGUAGUGUUUGUUUGUAAAAGCACCAACAGAUUCAAGUGGAUAGUGUGUUGAUAUGUUUGUUUGUUUGUUUGUAAAAGUGUUGGCGUACAGACAUUUAACUAUUCUUAUUUUAAGCCUUGUUAAUCUGGUUAGUCUGUUUUUUAGUAUAUAUUGAUAUUAAUAUACCCAAAUAACAAUAUGAAUUAUGAGUUGUCUGUUUCAUAAAUCUAAUGCUUACUUUUAUUUCUAUU